AUGCGUUUUUCGGCUUCCACCUCCUCUUCUUCGUCCGCCGCUUCCACGCCGCCUGAUUUGCCGGGUUUUUUUUGGGAUGCGGCGCGCGGCAGGUACUUUCCUCUGGGUUCGCGGCGCCCGCCAGCGAUCUCUGCAGCGAACCCCGAGCCUCAGAACUCGUUCCGCACGCUGCGCCGCAUCUACGAACGCGCGGACCACGAGACGCCUUCCCCGCCUGCAGGCCUUCUCGAUGAGGAAGCCGCUCAUACCUACGCACACCGACCGCGUUUUCGCGCCUCCAAGUCUGGUUUCCGCUCGCCAUCACAGCUGCUCUCGGUCUGCGUGGCGUCGUGUGCAAGCGCCUCCGCUCCGUCGUCCUCUGCUUCUGCGUCGACUCUCCGACCUCCUUCUUCGUCUGCCUCGUGCGAGUCCUCUCUCGCGUCGGCAGGAGGCGAGGCGCGAAAGCGCGGGCGCGGCGCGCCGGGGUCAGACACUCUCGAUCCCAAGCGCGAGAGGCGCCUGGAGGCGGCGGGGCGGCCGCGGUCGGAGCUCGGAGCCGGCAGCGCGGGCUCCGAGGAGACAGGGCGAGAGGGCGGCGGUCGGAAGGGACUGUGGGCGGGGGGGGCCGCGCCAGGGGGAAGAGGACGCAGAGGAGGAGGCGGGUUUAGGAGGAGGCGGCGAGGCCGCGACAGAGCAAGCGAAGUGGAGGCAGGGAACAGCGGAGUGAGCGGGAACUGGAGUUGCGGAAUAGGCGGGGAAGAUAGCGAUGUGCCUGGCAGGCACACCGCGUUCUUCGAGCAGGCUCCGGGCUCGCGACGAAAGCUCAAGCGACGCGUCUCUGCACAGGAGCGCGCCUCUCUGCCUCUCUUCCGUGCCUGCCGCACACGUUCGCGAUUCGCCGUCUGCUGCCCUUUCAGCGGGCUCCGCGCCCUCCUCCUUCUCCGCGUGGAGCGCGGCUGCCGCGGCGCUUCCUCCUCUCUCCCCCCUCCCCCCUCCGCCGCGGCGUCCGUCUCGCGGGCCUCGGCUUCUGGCUGUUGGCCGCCGGCUCCUCCUUUGCUGACUGCCGCGCCUGCAGGGUGUGUAUGGCUGCCGCCCUGCGCCACGGCCUUUUCCCCGGCGCCCUCCGAGCGGGCGUCGCCCUCGGGCGCUGCCCCGGUCUCCUCGCCUCAACUCGGGCGCGAGGGCGCUCCGCGGCUCGACAGCUGGCUCCCAAGAGGAAAAAACUGUUUUCUUCUCUUUCGGGCGCUCCGACUGCAAGGUGCGCUGACGAGACGCUCGCGGCGAGGCCGGGCGGCGAACGCGGCGAGAGGGCCUGCCCUCGCCGCAGGCGCGGGCGCAGGGGAGCGGGGGAAGAGUGGAGACGGCGGGGACGAGCUCGAGGCAGGCGGGCGGCGCCGGAGCCGGUCGCGGAGCCACCCUGCAGGUGGGGUCCAAAAGCCGAAUGCUAGGACGCCGAGGAGAGACCUCGAUCGAGACGCUGCAGGCUGCAGGGAUGGAGGAGGCGGCGGCAUGGACGUCUGCAGCGAGAGAUCCGGUCUCGAGUCGCGUGGCGAUGAACCAGGUGAAGACGAAGAGGAUUCAGGCCUCUCAUCGCCCAGAGAGAGCCUCUGGCUGAACCGUUUGAAGCACGUUUUGCUUCUCAACCCCCAGCGCCACUCUCGCUCGCGUACCGCUUUGGUCUCCGCUCCUGGUGGCUCCUCCUCUUCCUCGUCUUUCUUCUCUUUGCGCGCUUCUUCGUCUUCGCCGUUGUCUCCCGUUUCAGCCCCGUCGGGCGAUGUCCUGCUGUUCUACCGCUCUGGGGAGGGGGUCGUGGAGGACGGCGUGAGGAUCUUCUCCGGCGGAGAACUUGAGCAGUGCCGACGCGCGGCCGCAGAGGGCCGCCAGCGGCGCCUUCUGCGUUCCCUCCUUCGCUCUUCUGCCGGCGCGCCGCGUGUCGCCGGCUGUCGCGCUGCGCGAGGGGGGGACGAUUUGUUGGAGGGCGCGCGAGAGGGAGAAGGGAAUUGUGCGGAAGGCGCGGGCGAGCGAGCCAGUCGAGAGGCGGCGACAGGCGCCUCCGCUGACUCUCUGGCGAGGCUGAGCGAGCCGCAGGGUCACGAGGAUCUCGAGCACGCAGAAGAAACGCUUGGUCAUUUUCAGAGCCUGCUUGCGGCGCAGGAAACGACGUGGAGGCAGGCCGUUGCCAUCCCGUCGUCGGCCGUGGCUCCGGCGGAGGUAGGCCCGAUCGCCUCAGUUGAGGUGUUUGCUUCUCUUUGUCUCGUCUCGCACUUUGGCGCCGCGGCGCGCAGGGGCGUCCUUUCGAUCUACUCGUUCCAGGAUUACCGCGGUGACUCAACGCACUCUCGCGCAAGCUCCGACAGUCUCUCUUCUUCCGCCUCUUCUUCUCGAGUCUCGUUUUCGUCAUUGUCUUCACCUUCGGCCUUCAGUCCAACUUCCUCCGCUGUAUCACCCUCUCCGGUUCCUGCGUGUUUUACCUUGCCUUCUGCAUCGCCGCCUGCUUCGCCUGCAGCAGCCUUCUCUUCUGCGCGGGUUGAGCCACCAUCCCCGUCUGUUUCGGCGGCGAGGACCUCUGAAGCGUCUGCGUCUCUCCACGCGUCUGCUGCCUCCUUGGAUUCAUCCCCGCUUUCUUCGUUUCUCCCGCGAAGGACGGGACUUCUUGCGCGCGCCGCCGAGGCGGCGGACGACGUUCUCUGCUCAGCCACACGCGUCGGGCCCGGCGCUGCGCUGGAAAUUCUCGUCGGGGGCCUGGCGCCUGCUGUCCAGCUUUACCGGCUCGCGGACGGAGGCCGCCUGACACCCGUGUGGCGCUGGCGGCCGAGGUGCCUCGCGUCUGCCGGCGGCCGCGCCGGAGAGGCCCGCGGCGGCUUGGCGGCGAGCGCGUGCGUCUCCGCCGCGUGGCUCCACGGCGUGCCGUCUCGCUCGGCUCUUCCUGCCUUGUCUCUCUCCCCGUCGCCGGUGUCCGCUGCUGGCGUUCCCUGGUCCCCGUCGGGCGAGUGCGAGUUCGUCUCUGGGGGAGGAAGCCACACCGCGCUCGUGGGUCUGCGGAGCGGAGGGAUUUACCUCGUCGAUCUGCGCGCGCCGGAGACGCAGAGCGGCCUCUGCGUGUUGAGUCCGCGCUCGCCACGGCGCGCCCGCUUCGCCUUCGCCUCCGCCUCCGCCUCCGCCGCGCAGCUCGAGGGCGACCGAGAUCGCGGACUUGGCGGCGCGAAGCGCGGGGUGGCACGUGCCCUCGAGGGAGAAGAGGGCGGGUGCGUCACAUGCAUCCGCCCGUUUCGGCGCCAAGGCUCGUGGAGCGUCGAGACAACUGCGGUAGCUGCGCGAGGCAAAGAUGACCUCUUUCUGCUUGACUGGCGACGCGCGCGCACUGCCGCCGCGAGCGCCCAGCAGGCCCGUGAAGGGCCUGGCUGGAGGUCGCCGCACGCCGAUUUGACGAAUCCAUGCGUCGUCACGCGGUUCCUGCCCUGCGAAGGCCAGGCGCAAGCGUACGCCGACGCCCUGUUUUCUUCUUCAGCUGGAUGCCCAGCAGUCGCUGCGUCUCCAGAUUACCCUCGCAGCUUCGUGUUUGACAGCCGAGAGCGCGUGAUUUUUUCAUCUUCGCCGUCGCGCGGCCGUCUGCUCCUUCACAGGGUGCGAAGUCCGUCUGGGCUCGCGGCGCGCGCGGUGGCUGUCUACGCAGAUAUCGUCCGACUGCUUUCUGCGGGCGCUGCGGAGGCGACGACGCGAGGAAGGCGGGGGGACGGAGAUGAACGAGAAGACGCAAAGUCACCCAGAGGUGGCGGCAUAGCUGAGACCUUUCGCAGAGUCGAGGAAAGGCAGAGGGUCCAGAGAGAGCAGCUGCAGCAGCUCGAGAGAGAGCGACCUCCUGGCGUCUCAGCCUCGCCUUUGGCGGGGGGUGAAGGCGUUGCCGCAGCCUCUCACGCGGGCGUGCGCCGGUCCUGGGUGACUGGGACGUCGGCUGGCGGCGCGGCGGCAGCCGCCUCUCGAGCUGUCUGGCGCGCGCCGCGAGAGGCUCUGGGCACGUCCGCGUUCCCUCAGGGCUCUUCGGCGCCCGCGCCGGGGACGGAGCACGGCUUUCCCGAGCUGCUGGCACAGCGGGAAGCCGACGCAGGGAACGACUACUACGACGUCGUGGUUCACUGGUCAGCGACGUCUGGGGCGCUGCCCCCCCGCCGCGCGGAAAUACAGAAUGCGGGCGCGCCUCGUGUGUCUCACGGCGCGACUUCAGCUGCCGCUGCGCGCUCGCGUUACGCGUUUCGUUCUCAGUCGACGCCGUCUGACUUGUCGUCGCUCGGCGCGCCGGACUUCGGCGACCCCUGGGGCGUCGGCGCGCUCAGCCAAGGCCUGCUUGUCCACGGGGAAGCUGAGGAGAACUGCGUAGGCGAAGAUGGCGAGGAUCUCUCGCGGCCGCCCCGCGCAGGGGGCGACGUCUUCGUCGCGCUCAGCAGCUGGGGCUUCCACCUGCUGAGCGGAGUUGACCGAGGUCCCUGGGCAUGCGCUUGA